GAGAGUGAGAGAGAGAAAAGUCUUCUUUGAUUUUGUAUAGAGAGAAAUCAGAAAUGGCGAAGGGAGAAGAGGUUAGUAACAAACAGGUUCUGCUGAAAGAUUAUGUUGUUGGGUUUCCGAAAGAAACGGAUAUGGUUCUCAACACUGGAACCAUAAGCUUGAAGGCUCCCGAGGGAUCAGAAGCGAUUGUAGUGAAGAAUCUCUACUUAUCUUGCGAUCCAUACAUGAGAUCCCGUAUGAGGAAGCCCGAUAGGCCCAGCUAUGUUCCUCCUUUCACGCCUGGCUCUGCAGUAAUUGGGUAUGGUGUGGCUAAAGUGGUGGAUUCUAAUAAUCCAAAGUUCAAGGAAGGUGACUUGUUGUGGGGGAUGACUGGAUGGGAAGAGUAUAGCCUGAUUACAAUGCCGGACACCCUGUUUAAAAUUGAACAUACCGAUGUACCGCUUUCCUACUAUACUGGAAUACUUGGGAUGCCUGGGAUGACUGCUUAUGCUGGUUUUCAUGAGGUGUGCUCUCCUAAGAAAGGAGAAACUGUGUUCAUAUCAGCUGCAUCCGGUGCAGUUGGCCAACUUGUUGGACAGUUUGCUAAGUUAAUGGGUUGUUACGUGGUUGGAAGUGCAGGAAGCAAAGAAAAGGUUGAUCUGUUGAAGAACAAGUUUGGAUUUGAUGAGGCUUUCAAUUAUAAAGAAGAGGAUGACUUGGAUGCUGCUUUAAGAAGGUACUUUCCUGAAGGCAUAGACAUUUACUUUGAAAAUGUUGGUGGGAAGAUGCUUGAUGCAGUCCUUCUCAACAUGAAAGUUAAUGGCCGCAUUGCUGUGUGUGGGAUGAUUUCCCAGUACAACCUCGAAAAGCCAGAGGGUGUGCAAAAUAUGUUCUGCCUUAUUUCUAAGCAGGUUCGCAUGGAAGGGUUCUUGGUUUUCAGUUACUAUCACAAAUACUCCGAGUUUCUUGAAUUCAUUAUACCAUUUAUCAAAGAAGGGAAGAUAGUUUAUGUAGAAGAUACUGCCGAAGGCCUUGAUAAAGCACCUGGAGCUCUUAUUGGACUCUUCAGUGGCCGCAAUGUUGGAAAACAGGUUGUUGUUGUUGCUCGUGAAUGAUUGCUGCAUUUUGUAAUUCCAUCUUUCCCUGUUGUGUCGUAUCGAGGACUUUGGUAUACAUGGUUUCAAUUUCCCAUUAGAAAGUUUU